CGAGGGAGUGAGCUGCGGGCGCUUCUCAGAAGGGGGCGGCCUCUUCCAGGAAGAAAGUGGCGUCCGCCGCUGCCCGGCCUGGAGGACCUUGUGUGAAUGCGAGGCGGGGCGCUGCCGCGGGGACCCGAGGCGAGGAGGAGAGCUGAGGGAGCGAGGCACAGGGCCGCCGCUCCUUGCCGCGCUGUCGCUGCUCCCAGCCGCCGCGCAGCUUUGUUUCCUGAAGAGUUGGCUGAAUUGGGGAGUACCAUCAAACUCGAACUCAACAGGAGAUUGGACAUUUACAACAUCCUGAAUAUUUUAAAGACAGUGAGGAGCUCAGCAUAAACAGAGAAAAGGAGCACAGCAUGCCGCCACUUGGAGGGUGUUGAUUGAAAACUUCGAUCUCCCCACCCCAUUCACGGUUGAUUUGACGGAUUUCUCACCUCGUUCACAGAGAAUAUUUCAAUUAAGGUCCCUUUAGAUGGAAUGUAAUAGAACAGAAGCCUCAGACAGAUUAAUGCCUGAAUUAAAUUAUCUGCAGUAAAACAGAGAGCUGAGUGCUGAAGCCCACAGACACCCCAAACCUGGGUCCCACAAGUCUGCGUUAAGCUCUGGAGUUUUGAUAGGUCUGCUGUAGGAAAGCCUUUGCCAAUGCUUACAAGGAACUGUCUGUCCCUGCUUCUCUGCGUCCUGUCUGGUGGAGGUCUCCUAACACCCCUUCAAGCACAACCACAGCAGACGUCAGCCACAGAGCCGCGACAAAAUGCUGUCCACCUGCCAGGUCGACAGUCCCAUUUCCAACGUGUUAAACGUGGCUGGGUAUGGAAUCAGUUUUUUGUGCUGGAAGAAUACAUGGGCUCCGAGCCUCAAUAUGUGGGAAAGCUUCAUUCUGACUUGGACAAAGGAGAGGGCACUGUCAAAUACACCCUCUCAGGAGAUGGCGCCGGCACAGUUUUCACUAUUGAUGAAACCACAGGAGACAUUCAUGCGAUAAGGAGCCUGGAUAGAGAAGAGAAACCUUUCUACACCCUUCGUGCUCAGGCUGUGGACAUAGAAACCAAGAAGCCCUUGGAACCUGAAUCAGAAUUUAUCAUCAAAGUGCAGGAUAUUAAUGAUAAUGAGCCAAAGUUUCUGGAUGGACCUUAUGUUGCAAGUGUUCCAGAGAUGUCUCCUGUUGGUGCAUAUGUGCUGCAGGUCAAGGCCACAGAUGCAGAUGACCCGACCUAUGGAAACAGUGCCAGAGUCGUUUACAGCAUUCUUCAGGGACAGCCUUAUUUCUCUAUUGAUCCCAAGACAGGAAUAAUUAGAACUGCUUUGCCAAACAUGGACAGAGAAGUCAAAGAACAAUACCAAGUACUCAUUCAAGCCAAGGACAUGGGAGGACAACUGGGAGGAUUAGCUGGAACGACCAUUGUCAACAUCACCCUCACUGACGUCAAUGAUAAUCCACCUCGAUUCCCAAAAAGCAUUUUUCAUCUGAAAGUUCCCGAGUCAUCUCCUAUUGGUUCUGCUAUUGGAAGAAUAAGAGCUGUGGAUCCUGAUUUUGGACAAAAUGCAGAAAUUGAGUACAAUAUUGUUCCAGGAGAUGGCGGAAAUUUGUUUGACAUCGUCACAGAUGAGGAUACCCAAGAAGGAGUCAUCAAACUCAAAAAGCCUUUAGACUUUGAAACAAAGAAGGCAUACACUUUCAAAGUGGAGGCCUCCAACCUGCACCUGGACCACCGGUUCCACUCGGCGGGCCCUUUCAAGGACACAGCCACGGUGAAGAUAAGCGUGCUGGACGUGGAUGAGCCACCCGUGUUCAGCAAGGCGAUCUACACCAUGGAGGUUUACGAGGACACCCCGGUGGGGACCAUCAUCGGCGCGGUCACCGCACAAGACCUGGACGUGGGGAGCAGUGCCGUCAGGUACUUCAUAGAUUGGAAGAGAGAUGGGGACAGCUACUUCACAAUAGAUGGAACCGAAGGAACCAUCGCCACCAAUGAAUUACUAGACAGAGAAAGCACUGCCCAGUAUAAUUUCUCCAUAAUUGCGAGUAAAGUUAGUAACCCAUUAUUAACCAGCAAAGUCAACAUACUGAUUAAUGUCUUGGAUGUCAAUGAAUUUCCUCCAGAAAUAUCUGUGCCAUAUGAGACAGUGGUGUGUGAAAAUGCCAAACCAGGACAGAUAAUUCAGAUAGUCAGUGCCGCAGACCGAGAUCUCUCACCCGCUGGGCAGCAAUUCUCUUUUAGAUUAUCACCUGAGGCUGCCAUCAAACCAAAUUUUACAGUCCGUGAUUUCAGGAACAACACAGCUGGAAUUGAAACCAGAAGAAAUGGAUACAGCCGCAGGCAACAAGAGCUGUAUUUCCUGCCUGUGGUAAUAGAAGACAGCAGUUACCCGGUCCAGAGCAGCACAAACACAAUGACCAUCAGAGUUUGUAGAUGUGACUCUGAUGGUACCAUUCUGUCUUGUAAUGUGGAAGCAAUUUUUCUGCCUGUAGGACUUAGCACUGGGGCUUUGAUCGCAAUCCUUCUAUGCAUUGUUAUACUUUUAGCCAUAGUUGUGCUGUAUGUAGCGCUGAGAAGACAGAAGAAGAAAGACACCCUGAUGACCUCCAAGGAAGACAUCAGAGACAACGUUAUCCACUAUGAUGAUGAAGGCGGUGGGGAGGAAGACACCCAGGCCUUUGACAUCGGGGCUCUGCGAAAUCCAAAGGUGAUUGAAGAGAACAAAAUUCGCAGGGAUAUUAAACCAGACUCUCUCUGUUUACCACGUCAGAGGCCACCAGUGGAAGAUAACACAGACAUAAGGGAUUUCAUUAAUCAAAGGCUACAGGAAAAUGACAUGGACCCAACUGCACCACCAUAUGACUCCUUGGCCACAUAUGCCUAUGAAGGAAAUGGGUCCGUGGCAGAGUCCCUCAGCUCCAUUGACUCUCUCACCACAGAUGCUGACCAGGACUAUGAUUAUCUGGCCGACUGGGGACCACGCUUUAAAGUCUUGGCGGACAUGUUUGGAGAAGAAGAAAACUAUAACCCUGAUAAAGUCACUUAGGGGUGAGGUGAAGGCUAACACAACUGAGGGAGACAUUUUUAACAACAAGAAAACACAACUAGGACUCACACACCUGUACACACACACACACACAUACACAAACAAGCUUUGUAGGACAAGAUUCCUUUCAUUAUCUGGUUUCUAGCAAGUUGCUAUAGUUAUAUUGUCAGUUUGUCAAUUUUGGUUUAUUCUGCCAACACAAGAUAAAUCUUAUAAUAUAGAGUUGCUUUGUUUUGCUUUGUUAUUUCAGAAACACACUGAGACAAGCUCAGGCCUAUUAUGUACAAUUUAUUGACGUGACAACCUAGAAUGAAGAUAGCUCUGUGGCAUCACAGUGGAAGAGUGUUAGAUUUUUCUUAAUUCCACUAAAGUGCCUAUUGAAACUCUUAUCAUUUAAAGUGGUGGACACUACACUCUGCUGUGAUGGCACUGCAGGAUUCAGAGAUAAAGAGGAAUAAAACAAAGACACCAUCUCUAUGUACAGGAGCAAUAGCAACACGCCGACUUUUCUCAUUCCUUUUUAGAAAUAAAGAACACUUCUUGAACUCUCUCUUCAUAUGAUUAAAAGGCUUUUCCCUUUUCAACUGUAUGCCUGACACAUUUGCUUUUCUUACACUUUCAGAAAACUGAAAUCAAUGUGAAAAGAUCAAAUUCAGCAUGUAAGUAAUGAGUUAUGAGGGCAAUGAUUGGUCUUCACAUUAGUUCAUGUUAAAGAUGUUAAUUAAUUAAAAUAUUACUUUUUUCCCAAAAACUAAACAGUUAAAAGUAUAAACUAAAAAGUGCCUCUUUAUAAAGAGAGGCCUCAGGGCUCAAAUUCCACAGUAAAAUAAAU